UUGAAAGAUUCUGACGUACAAGCCAAGCCAAACCGUCAAACGGCUAGAUGCUUGGCCUACGUUUUUCGCCUUUUUAGCCUCUUGAGCUGCCGGUGCCUGCUUGUGGUGUUGGCACAAUAUUUCUACAUUUCGUAGCAAUGUCUGUCCGACGCGCUUUUCGCUAACGAAUCGGUGUACCAUCUGUCAUUUCCUGAGCGUGACGCCUUCGGCGUUUACUAGGCCACCAAGAUGGGCGUCCGCAGCUACAAUGAGGAGCUCGGAUACCUUGAAAAAAUGUCACCAGUCUCAUGGCGCAUCAAAAAGGGCUUCGUGCCAAAUAUGAAGGUGGAAGGAAUGUUCUACGUGAAUAACCUCUUGGAGAAGCUGAUGUUCGAAGAGCUGCGAAAUUCGUGUCGUCCAGGAAACGUUGGCGGAUUCCUGCCUGGUGUUAAACAAAUUGGAAAUGUUGCUGCCUUGCCUGGAAUCGUUGGACACUCAAUAGGGCUUCCUGACAUCCAUUCUGGUUAUGGUUUUGCAAUUGGCAAUAUGGCGGCAUUUGACAUGGAUGAUCCAAAGGCCAUUGUGUCACCUGGUGGUGUGGGCUUUGACAUCAAUUGCGGUGUUCGUCUCUUACGAACCAACUUGAUGGAGAAGGACGUCCAGCCCAUCAAAGAGCAGUUGGCACAGAGCAUGUUCGACCACAUUCCCGUUGGCGUCGGAUCUAAGGGAAUCAUUCCCAUGAAUGCAAGAGACCUUGAAGAAGCCUUGGAGAUGGGCAUGGAUUGGUCCUUAAGAGAAGGCUAUGCCUGGGCCGAAGAUAAGGAGCAUUGCGAGGAGUAUGGACGAAUGCUGAAUGCUGAUCCUGCCAAGGUUUCCAUGAAGGCAAAAAAACGGGGCCUACCUCAGCUGGGCACCUUGGGCGCUGGCAAUCACUAUGCCGAGAUUCAAGUGGUGGAUGACAUUUAUGACAAGAACAAUGCAGCCAAGAUGGGAAUCGAACGUUGCGGUCAAGUAUGUGUCAUGAUUCACAGUGGGAGUCGUGGCUUUGGACACCAAGUGGCUACAGAUGCAUUGGUGGCCAUGGAGAAGGCCAUGAAGCGGGACAAGAUUGAUGUUAAUGACCGGCAGCUGGCCUGCGCCCUUAUCCGCUCCAAUGAGGGGCAGGACUACCUGAAAUCGAUGGCAGCGGCAGCGAACUUUGCUUGGGUCAAUCGCAGCAGCAUGACCUUCCUAAGCCGUCAGGCUUUUGCCAAAGCAUACAACACGACCCCGGAUGACCUCGACAUGCACGUCAUCUACGAUGUGUCGCACAACAUCGCCAAGGUGGAGCAGCAUGUGGUGGAUGGCAAGAUGCGCACAUUGCUCGUGCAUCGCAAAGGCUCAACACGAGCCUUUCCACCUCAUCAUCCUCUCAUUCCUGUUGACUACCAGCUGAGUGGUCAACCGGUGCUUAUUGGCGGCACAAUGGGAACCUGUAGCUAUGUUCUGACGGGCACCGAGCAGGGCAUGGGCGAGACAUUCGGCACCACCUGUCAUGGUGCUGGCCGAGCACUUUCCCGGGCCAAGUCGCGUCGAAACCUCGAUUACCAGGACGUACUGAACAAGCUGAACGAGAUGGGCAUCUCGAUUCGCGUGGCCUCACCGAAGCUGGUCAUGGAGGAAGCUCCAGAAUCGUACAAAAAUGUGACGGACGUUGUAAACACGUGCCACGAGGCUGGCAUCAGCCGCAAGUGCAUUAAGCUCAGGCCCAUUGCGGUUAUCAAGGGCUGAUUGAGAUUUUUUGGUGUUUGGAAGGUGUGAACGAGGCCGUACAUUCAAACUUCAGUGUUCAGGACUGACACGAGAACAUGGUUUUCGUUGUGGGGUUUGUUACAAGAACAAGUGUGUUUGUGCAUGUAUGGAUCUGUGUGUGCAUAUGUGUGCCUCAUUAGUUUACUGAUUAGAGUCUGAAUGUAUGUGCUACAGUGGUUUGUGGUGUAUUGAAUGCCUUUGCACCAGUGUAGUGGCAUCAAAGGCAAGAGUUGAGUCUGGUGUUAUUUUAUUUUCAUUCUCUUAUCUUUUUCUCCCUCCUAUUAAAGCUCCUGUGGACAGCUGUUCAAUAAUUGAUGGCAAGCUUCAAAUAAAUGCAGCUAUAAUAAUCAAUUAAUAAUACAUGUUUUCUUUUUUAAGCUGUCAGCUUGAAAUAUAGGAAGUGGACCCCCUACAGCAGGAAUGAACACAGGACACGAAAAAAAAAAGUUGAAAAGUCGUAGUGCAUGCUUCUUUCUGCACUCUUUACAGAUACUCUUGGAAGUGCAUGCAUGAGUAAAUUUGAAUAUUUCUGCAAUAUUCACACCCCAAAAAAGCCAUUUCAGUUGGCUCCUGAAUUUUAGCACUACAAUGUUACUACUGGGGCACUGCACCCUUGACUAAUGUACGCCUACAAAAGCUCACUCACAAGGUGUUGACCAAGCUUAGGUCCCUAGUGGUGACAAACAACUAGCUUAAAUGUUACUCCAGCUAGCACUAGCUGCCCAUUUCCACCCUUAAAUGCCUCGCACUAGUGCCAUUCACAUCUGCUCGUGCAAUCAUUGUCUCACAAGGAAAGAAAAAAAACCCUGGUUGGUUCCCCAGCUUGGCAAUUGACAAAUCAAGCAGCGAGUGACAGAUACAAAAGUCGCUCUACAACCAAAGCGACAAUUUGUGGCUCUUUGAUAAGUUGCCAUUGUGAAUGAGCCUUUCUCCUGGCCUUGCAAGUUGCCAAUGCUUGUUUUUUGUGUGUCAAGUUGAAGCAUAACACUGCAAAUAUCGUCUCUGCAAAUUAUAUGUUAGAGUGGAAAUUUUGCGUGCUGAUAGUAAUCUAUUAGUACGUGUUUAAAACUGCGAACUGUAUACUGACACAAAGGCACAAAACAUGGACUCUGUACAUGUGUAUACAUGUGCGAAUCACUCGUGUCUGGUCUGUGCUUUUUUUUAUAUAUAAUUAACAUGUAUUAUUGUAUCUGCACAAUCUUUCCGGUGUUGCACAUAACCAGCAAAGAAUAUUUUUGUUCAGUGUUAAAAAGGGAGCAAUGCCUGCUUGCCUAAAAAGUGUUUCUUGAGCUCUGCAUGUCGUCUACCAUUGUGUAUGUUUAUGUGUGCCUGUCUUAACAUCUUGGAGAAGUGAGUUGGUAUGACCAACUGUCUUUGACGUGUAUUUAUUUGACGUGUGCUUGUUAAUACUGAGCAAGUACAUGAACAACACCCAAGCAGCUGGCUGCUGUUUACUGCUGUGAGCAAGUAAAGUGAUUCUCUAGCUUGGAA